GGACGAGACACUCAUGACAAUUCCACUGUCCACUAGCUAAUCUAACAGUUCUAGCGGUGUGUGUUGCUUAAUUUGACUCACACACAAUAUUCAGCCCAUAAGUCCACUGCAACGCUGCAUAGCAGCCGUCAGUUAAAUCAACCGUAGUAGCUAUAACAGCCGCCCUGCGGCUCUGAGGGGUUGCGCCAGUGUCACACUCUCGGACCCAGUAACCGUGCAUGUCUGUUCCUCGUUGGUCUUUAAAGGCACGGGGAUGGUUUGGCCCGGCAUCAGUUGAGCCGCAUCUCCAAACAACUGUCUCCAUGUUUCACAUCCCGUUCUCGGUUACUGUCACGUUAAGGCCCUAGAAGGUGACUGAUGUGCAGUGCUCGGUGGCAAUGCCUCCACUUGUGGUGGAGGACAUCUCAAAGUCGAGUCCGUCGGUGGUUGCUACGGGGGCAAUGGCCAAUGCGAGAAGCGUGCCAAAGAUGUAUCGUUGCAUGGUUGACAGGUUCUUGGUUGUGUUAUUACCUAACCUGGAACUAUUUGAGUCGUAAGUACCUAAGUACCUGAAGCAUUUCACGGAACUUAGAAAGAAU